UUCUUAAAAUUCAAAGAACUGUUUUACAAGAUAUAGUUGGUUGUACAGAGUUGUCUACCCUACGAGAUUUGGGACUUGUAUUUCUGAAGCCACUGACGAAUGCAGAGAUACAGACCGAACCAGACAAGUAUGCCAAUCUAGAAAUCCAGACUGAGCAUGGUAGUGCUUACAAGGCACAGGAGCUGGGAUAUGAAAAAGAAGAGAAAAACUGCCAGGAUGUUUCUACACAAACAGAUAUGGAGGAUUUGGUUUCUUCAGAAGUGGAGCAAUCUGUCAGCACUGCUUCAGUCAGCCAGGAUUGUGUGUCAAACGCAUCACCAGACAUUGAGCCUGUUAGUCCUCCCGUCAAAACAACAAGUCCUCCAGUCAAAACAACAGGACCUCGAGGUAAGCGUCUAAGGAAACUGACGAUUAAUCUCGUGUCAAACCAGAUAAAAACAGAAAAUAGUGAAUCUGACUAUGAUCCCCAAGAGUUUGGGGAAACAACUGAUGAUAAUUCAGACACCGACGGCAAUCAAGAUGUGAUGGUCAUCAAGCCAACACCGGUGAUGUCUCCGAAUGAUGUCAAAUCACCAACAUCUCUCCGACAGGAGGAGCUUACAUGUCCUCUUUGCCCGUCCAAAUUCCGGAGUCAGCAAGGAGCUGAGAAACACUUGAGGGUGAAACAUGACAUUGGAAAUGUGUACAUCUGUAAAAUUUGUCAGGACAUUUGUCCAUCCAACACAGCAAUGCAUGAGCACAUGACCACCAAACAUGGAGUAGAAGAUUUGCCUGUAGAAGAAAAACGUAGGAAAAGACGGAGAAAAAAUUUGCCACAGACUUUAAAAAAAGCAAAAGUUUCACCUAUUCAGAAGCCAAUGUCAAAACUGAAGUCAAAAAAUACUCGUAAAAAGAGACCUGUCAGUAGUGUUAACAAACCGGACCUGAUCAAGCAUAAGUGUUCUCAUUGUCCUAAACUGUUCAACACAGUAACUGCCAUGCAGCGCCACAUGCGGGCUAAUCAUCAGUUUUCUUCAGUGCAGAAAUGCAACCAGUGUUCAAAGACCUACCUUUCAACUCGAGCUCUGCGACGACAUGUGACCACCACACACCAGUUCUCUCGGCACCAGUGUGAGCUAUGUGGGAAGGAGUUCACCAGUAAGGAAUCCCUGUACCACCACAAGCGGGGUCUGCAUAGUGACAGUAAACCGUACAAGUGUGAACAGUGUGGGGCCUCCUUCAACUUCAAUCACAGCCUCAGACUACAUCAGUUAAAACACAGUGGAAAACGGCCCCACAAAUGUAAGCUAUGUGAUAAAAGUUAUCUCACUUCAAACCAUCUAAAAAUGCACGUGGAAGGAGUCCACGGAAACAAGAAGAAAUACUCAUGUAGUAUUUGUGGUAAAGCAUUUUCCUACACAACCAGCUUGCGUGUACACGAGAUGUCCCAUGGUAACAUUCGUCCAUACAAAUGUAAGACAUGUGGGCUUGGCUUUAUCAACAGCCACGCCCUAAAGUACCACACUGAGUCAAAACAUGCAGCGGAUACCUGGUUUAGUUGCGAUAUCUGUGGCAAAGAUUACAAAACAGAAUUUCUUAUGAAGACGCAUCGCCGUCGUCAUACAGCAGACGGAACCCGCUUUAUGUGCGACAUAUGUGGACACCUAUUUAUGUACAAAAGUACUUUAGAGAUCCAUGCAGCUGUUCACAGUGAGGAAAAGGCCUUCCAGUGUAGUACUUGUGGCAAGUCAUUCAAAACCUAUGCUACACUCUACUCUCACCAGUAUGUUCACAAGACAGAAAUGCCAUAUGAGUGCCCAGACUGUGGCAAGGCCUUCAAAACAAAGGAGAGGUGCAAGGCUCACCAGCGGCGCCACCUAGGACUGAAACCUUUCGACUGUGAUCAAUGUGGUAGGUGCUUCCCCGACAAAGGUGGACUCACCAAACACAAGAAAACUGUACAUUGUGUAGAGAAAAAACAUGUGUGUAGUUACUGUGGUAAAGCUUGCUCAAGGGCAGAUAACUUACGGGUGCACAUGAAAGUACACGAAAAAAACACAGCAAACCAGAGUAAAAAUAUCUCGGGUCUGGCAGGGUCUGGACCUGGACUUUCAACUCCAGUUGCGAGGAAGAGUCGAUCACUUGCCAAAAUAGAUAUAAAACUGACUACACCGUCUGUUGACCAUCAGAUGGACUCUGUUCCCGUGUAUAGAGUAGAAAGUGAACUUGACCGUAUAACAUCAGAACAUGGCUAUGAACGCCUUAUAGAGAACCUUAUAGACAGAACUAUGGAUAAACCAGGGGAUCCUAAACUUCCAUUCACACAGACUAGACCAAAUGUGGGUGGGUCUGCUCCUCCCCCUAUAUCUACCACCCCGGGGGGUGACAGUCUUGUGAGCAACAUUUCUCCUGUACCAAUAUCCCCGCCCCUGCCCCGUGUGUACACUGACCCAGCCCAGUCCUAUGAGUCAGAGGCUGGCUCCCAUAUUGUACCACUUCCCAUUGCUAUGACUCAGGAUGGUCCUGUUGGUCUCCAACAGGCUACACAGGGAAUUGGUACACCACUGCCACCAAAUACCACCACACUUCCACCCCCACCACCUGCGGCUCCUUAUAUGUACAUGUGGCCUUAUAUGCACCACCCCAACCAGAAUAGCAGCCAAUCCCAUGAGAGCAAUUUCUACUGAGUUUAUAUCAAUGUUAUUUAGUGAUCAAAGUAGGAUUGAAUGAGUUAUGUCACAGAAACUCCCGAUUAGUGGGAUUAAAUAUAACAUCACAAAAACAUGUAAGAUGACUCCCGAUUGGUGGGAUUAAAUGUGUGAUGUCACAGAAACAUUUUUAUCUACCAGGGGGUACACAUAUACAAUAAUACAAGUUUUAAAGAAACAAUUAGUUACAGUUAUACUUAUUCCUUCAUGUAGAGGUUAAAAACCUGUGCCUGUAUAAAAGAAAUAAUCACAGCACAUUGUAAUAUGAAAAUGAGUUCAUUGUCAUUAUAAAAAGCUUUAUUUUGAUUUUGAUACAAUAUGAUUUUAGUCAUUGAGAUUGCUCUGUCUGCUAUUCUGUGAUGCAAAUUAUGAAAAAAAUCUGGAGAUAUGCUGUACGUUUUUUUAGUUUUUUUGUUUUUGCUCUAGUGACAAAACUUUAGAGAGAAUAAUGGACAUAUGUAUACUCAUAAUAACUUUGUAUUGGUAUUAGGCAAAUUUGUUAAUUUUCAGGGUUUAUUGCAACAGCCAGUUGUUUAUACUUCAGAGGCUGAGUCUCCUUGUAGUAGCUGGUGGCUACUUCAGUAUCCAGAGCAAUGGGGGUUAAAGUAACAUUUAAAUGCUAAAAAAGUUUAGAUAUCAUUAUUUGAUUACUUAAGAUAAAACUACAUGUAGUUUGUCUUUCAUAUCUUUUUUAUUUUUGUGUGUGCAUUUUGAUUUUAAGUAGAUAUAAAGUAUUUACAGUGGCUCUAUUUUUUGUCAGUGUACAUCUAUUUGAGAACAUGUUACUUAAUUUGUGCCAUUCAAAAUAUUUUCGUUUUAAAACAGAAAUGAUCAGAAAUAUAAUGAUAACGUACAGACCUGUUUCCCUGAUUAAAUAGCAGUACAUUUUGAACUCUCCUGAUAUAGUAGGGAUUUGAAAUAUUAAUAGUUAAAAUACUUCCACUUAGUAAAAUGGGUUACACAGUAAUUACUUUGUCUUGUGUACACAAUAUCUCAUGAACCGCUGCAUAAAGAUCAUAUUCACAUCAUAGCAUCACACCAUCGAGGUCUACACCCAAUAAGAUUUUGGCGGUCAUCGGUCAAGGUUAAAGGUCAUAGGUCGCACUUGACCACUUUUAAAAUAAAUCAAAGU